AUUAAUAGUCUUCUAUCAACUCAGAUCAUCUAAAUAUAAAGUACCCUCUUUCUUCUUUCAUUCAACAAAGAGAGUGAAGAAGAAAUGGGGCGUAUAGGUGCAAAACCCAUUCAUCAGUUCCAAGUUCAACACCAAAAUGAUAAUGAUCAGCACCAGCUACAGCCUCAUCAAGAAUACGCUUCUCAAGUGGAAAGUUUUGAUCAUUAUCAAGCCCCUGAAACCAUUGAUGAAAUACAUCCACCAUCCAUUGAGUCUUUCCAUGAAGAUCUUUAUCCAGAAGAAAAUCAAGAUGAACCACCACAAGAACUGACAAUGGCAAGUGAAUCACAGGAAAAUCAAGACUCAGUACUACAGCAACAAUAUGUACAGGCAGCACCUCAGCAAAUGAGCAGGCCUGUGACCACACAGGUUUCUCAGCAAAAUGGAAAGAAUCAGAGGCCAAGGAAGCAGCCUAAGCCCAAAUCACCAUUACACCCUAGCCAACACAACAGCUUUCCCAUUCAUGACCCUCAACCUCAAGCAGAAGCCUUUCCUCCCCCUCAGUCUAAACCCUUGCCACAUCCCUUCCCACCUGCUCAAGAUUACUAUGAGCCAGACACCUUUCCUCCUACGCAAGAAGAAGAAGAACACGCAUUUCCUCCAACUGUGCCACAGGCCUUCCCUCCUGCUCAGGACAGUUAUGAACCACAAGGCUUUCCUCCAACUCCUAAUAAAGCACAUGCUUUUCCACCACCUCAAGUUGAUCCCCAAUUAUAUUCUCCUCAGGCUAGACCACACGCAUUUGUGCCUCAGAAUCAUAAUGUGCCAGUUUUUACCAACUCUCAGCCUCAAGCAGGUACUAAUUUUCCACAGUACAGUUUAGCGCAAGGUUCACAAAUAGGAAUGGGUAUGGGACAAUACCAACAAGGGACGCAACCAGCAUCUCCCAUGAUGGGAAUCCCCUUCAAGCCACUUCUUCCAACUGAAUCUUGGAAGACUGGAUUGUUUGAUUGCAUGGAAGACCCCACAAAUGCUCUCAUUACAGCAUGCUUCCCCUGCCUGACAUUUGGACAGAUUGCUGAGAUUGUAGACUCUGGACAAACUCCUUGUACCACUAGCGGCUUUAUCUAUGGGGCAAUUCUUAUGUUCAUUGGAAUGCCUUGCAUAAUGUCAUGCACCUAUCGUACAAAGUUGAGGAGCCAGUACGGGCUAAUUGAAUCACCGGCACCUGACUGGGUAAUCCACUGCUUUUGUGAAUACUGUGCUCUCUGUCAAGAAUAUCGAGAGCUUCACCACAGAGGACUUGACCCUUCAAUUGGAUGGCAAGGAAAUCAGGCACAGAAUCAGAACAUGCAGCUACAACAAGCUACCAUGGUCCCUCCAGUUCACCAAGCCAUGGGCUGAUUAAUUUGUAGAAACUAAGUAUUUAUAUUGUGCUUCUCUCUAAAUUUUGUUCUGUCUUUUAACUUUUCAGAUCUUUGUCUAUAUGUAUGUUUCUGUGUUCCUUUGCGAUUUGUAAUUCCCCAAUGGGAAAGAGAAAUAAUGCUAAAUUUUCAAAUGUUCCUGGAAUUUUCAUAAUGAAGAACUAUCUUUUAA